AUGGGUAUGUGCUUAUUUCCAAUAAUUCAUUCAUUUGAUUUGAUUUCGACGUGUUUAUACAAAUUGGAUUAUUUUCGAGGUCGGGUACUGUUCAAAGAAAGUUGCUUUUGCAGAAUGUAUGGUAAUGCUUCUUCAGUGUUGUUGUUGGAUGACAAUGUGUUUGAUUCUAGUUCCGAUGGCGAAAACAAUUUAAAAAAUUCUGUGUCUGAAUAUAAUUCAAAUGGCAAAAGCAAUUUAUCAGAUUCCAUGUCUGAUUAUUAUUCGAAUGGCGACCUUAGUUCAGCAAAAAAUACAGUUGUUGACAGACAGAGGUUGCAUAACCUUAAAAGACGCAAGCUAUUUCCAAUGGUAGUUAGAGUAUUGAAAACUUUGGAUUGGAAGGUUGCAAGAGAGAGAAAAUUCUCCAGAGCUGUGAAGAAGUAUGGGUUAUCUCACUCCACCGAUGCAUUUAGGAUUACCAUACAUGUAUUUGCUUUGGCAGGAAUGAAUAUAGAAGUGUAUGCUUUGCUUAGAGAUAUCGUUGGCUACUAUAAGAAGGUCAACUAUGAUUUGUUUAAAUUGUUCCCCACCUUUUUGGAUUCACCUAAUGAUGCUGUAAGAUCAAUUGUUGUUUUUGAUGUACUUAUCAAGGUUUUUGCAUCAAAUUCAUUGCUUGAAAAUGCAGUUGAUGUCUUUGCGCGAGCUAAGGAAAUUGGGCUUAAACCAAGUAUUUUCUCAUGCAAUUUCUUGCUGAAAUGUUUGGCCGAGACAAACAGAGAGGAACACCUUAAGAGUUUAUUCGAAGAAUUGAAGAACUUUGGACCGGUUCCUAAUGUGUUUACCUAUACCAUUAUGAUGAACUUUUAUUGUACAGGACAUUAUGGGCUAGAAAAAGUGCAUAUCCAAGCAGCUACAAAGAUUCUGGAAGAAAUGGAGAAGAUUGGGAUAAGCCCAACUGUUGUAACUUACGGAACAUAUAUUCAUGGACUUUGUAGAGUUGGAUUUAUUGAGUUUGCAUUAGACUUCAUUAGGUACUUGAGACAUAGAAAUCAGCCUCUCAACAGUUACUGCUACAACGCUGUUAUUCAUGGCUUUUGCAAAAAAGGUGAACCAGAUGAAGCUUCCAGGGUUUUUGAAGAGAUGAAGGGUAGUGGAGUUACACCAGAUGUAUAUAGCUAUAGCAUUUUGAUUGAUGGAUAUUGUGAAAUUGGGAAUCUCGAGAAAGGGCUUUGUCUAAUUGAGGAUAUGGAAUCCAAGAACUUGAUACCAUCUCUUGUUAGCUAUAGCUCAUUCUUAAAAGGUAUUUGUAAAAGUGGACUGAUGGAAAUGUCCCUAGAUAUAUUCCAUAAGCUUGGGACAUCCGGGUUUAAAUAUGAUCAUCAUGCUUACAACAUCUUAAUCACUGGAUUUUGUGUGCAUGGUGAUUUGGAUUCCGCCCAGAAACUUUUAGAGGAGAUGAUCAGCAAUGAUCUGGCUCCCAAUGCUUCAAAUUUUAAGAGCCUGAUCCAUGGUUUUUGUAAGAUGGGAUUCUUGGAUAAAGCCUUGGAGUUCUUCAAUAUCAUGCUGGAAGGAGGUAUUUUGCCCAACAUUGUUACCUGCAAUUCUAUUGUUUCUGGUUACUGUAAUGAAGGACGUGUAGAGGAAGCUCUACUACUUAUGGAUGAAAUGCAGGACCAUGGCGUUAUCUCAAACAUGUUCACCUAUAAUGCACUUAUUAAUAGGCUGUGCAAAGAAAGGAAAUCGGAAAGAGCGAUGGAGCUAAUCUCUUUGAUGCUUAAGAGGAAAGUAUUCCCCAGUGUUGUAAUCUAUAGCACCCUCAUGGAUGGUUUUGCUAAACAGUCCAAUACAGAGAAGGCCCUUAGGUUGUAUGAAAAAAUGUUGAAAGUUGGGGUUACUCCCGACAUGGUUACAUGUACAAUUCUUAUCAACAUUUUAUGCAACUCAGGUAAAAUAAAAGAAGCCUAUAAUUUGUUUAAGGAAAUGAUAUGGAAGGGCUCUUAUCCUGAUAAGAUCUCAUACACAUCAAUUAUAGCUGGUUUCUGUAAAAUUGGAGAUAUGAAAAUGGCAUGGGAAUUGUUCAAUGAGAUGCAGAGACACCAUGUACCUUCCAUUGUUACUUAUACUUGUCUGAUUGAUGGAUUUUGCAAGGUGAAUCGGAUGGAUAUGGCAAACACUUUGGUUGAGGAAAUGAGAAGGAAGAAGGUUUCUCCUGAUGUAGUCACUUAUAAUGUUCUCAUUGGUGGGUAUCGAAGACUUGGACAGGUGGAUAUAGCUAAUAAGGUGUUCGACGAAAUGAGGAAGGAGGGUAUAUUUCCAGAUGAUAUUACCUUGAGAAUGCUAGGGUUGGAUUCAGAUGCAGUUAAGGAAGGUGGUUGA